AGGGGCGGGCAUUGCGAGCCAAGCUCCUGACUACGGACCUUAGAGGCUGCGGGCGGCCAGGACGAUGGCGACCGCGAUGGCUGCGAGCUCCGCGGAGCGGGCAGUACUGGAGGAGGAGUUUCGCUGGUUGCUGCACGCUGAGGUGCACGCUGUGCUGAGACAGCUGCAGGACAUCCUCAAGGAGGCCUCUCUCCGCUUCACUCUCCCAGGCCCCAGCACCGAGGGUCCUGCCAAGCAGGAGAACUUCAUCCUGGGCAGCUGUGGCACAGAUCAGGUGAAGGGGGUGCUGACUCUGCAAGGGGAUGCCCUCAGCCAGGCGGAUGUGAACUUGAAGAUGCCUCGGAACAACCAGUUGUUGCACUUCGCCUUCCGGGAGGACAAGCAGUGGAAGCUGCAGCAGAUCCAGGAUGCCAGGAACCACGUGAGCCAAGCUAUUUCUCUCCUAGCAAACCGGGAUGAGAGCUACCAGUUCAAGACAGGAGCGGAGGUCCUCAAGCUCAUGGAUGCUGUUAUGCUGCAGCUGACUAGAGCCAGAAACCGGCUCACUACCCCAGCCACCCUCACCCUGCCGGAGAUUGCGGCCAGUGGUCUCACGCGGAUGUUUGCACCUACCCUACCCUCUGACCUGCUGGUCAAUGUCUACAUCAACCUCAACAAGCUAUGCCUCACUGUGUACCAGCUGCACACUCUGCAGCCCACCUCCACCAAGAAUUUCCGCCCCGCCGGAGGCGCAGUGCUCCACAGUCCUGGCGCCAUGUUUGAAUGGGGCUCACAGCGCCUCGAGGUGAGCCACGUACACAAGGUAGAAUGUGUGAUCCCCUGGCUCAACGAUGCCCUGGUGUACUUCACCGUCUCCCUGCAGCUCUGCCAGCAGCUCAAGGAUAAGAUUGCUGUGUUUUCCAGCUACUGGAGCUCCAGGCCCCUCUGAGCAAGCACCUGCCUGAAUCCUCCUCCCAGGAUGGUAGCCCUGACUUGCUACCUCACCCCUAUCACUCUCAGCCACCCCCGAGUUAUUUUUCUCCUCCUCACUACUCUGUGGUACUGAUUGAAGUGACUGUGAGAGGCACCUGGAGAAAGGAGGUGCUGGCUUGGUGUUUUGUUUUGUUUUGUUUUGUUUGUUUUUUGUUUUUUGUUUUUGAUUAGGGGAGGGGGGCCAGUCAAGAAGAUGAGCUAAGGUGUGGCCAUGUUCCUAACGCUGCUUCCUGAACACUCCAGGAACCUUUGAACUAAGCCCUGGCCCCUCCCCCUCCCACCUUCUCAGCUCCCAUUAGAGAGUGAGGGAUGGGAGUUAGAACUUAGCUGUGAGGUUGAGGAGGGAAGAGGGACCUGGGCCGGGGACGAAGCCUCCCUGUAAAUAAGGUGCAGUACUGGGACCAUUUGUUCUGUGAGCCCCAACCCACCUCUAAGAAAUAAAAGUCAGAUUUUGACUGCA